GACCAGCCGGGCCGUGGUUCGUACGUCGGUUUGCGUGCGGCCAGCAGUAACAGCCUGGUUGAUCAGGCCUUGAUCCGCCGCAAAGCCUGAUCAUGAACCGGGUCGCGUGGGCAUUGACCCCCGAAACUCCCUCUGGCGGCCGUGCUAUUGCAUCACCGGUCAGAGAUUAGUUAUCAGUGGGCUAUUGUGGCUAUCACCAUUACCAUCAUAACAGCCACCACCACCACUACUGUCAUACAUAAUGGUGAAUGGCUGGGCGUACUCACAAGGGACCCUUCACUGUGAUGGGUUCUCGCUGGAGCGACUGAGGAUGUGCCUACGGCAGAAGUAUGGGUAUCUGGCUUCCCCGGCCUUUGUGUAUUCCUUGGGUAUGUUGAGACACAACGUGCGUGACUACAAGGAUACACUGGGCCCACGAGGAGUGUUAUCCUACUCACUGAAGGCCAACAGCAAUCCUGGGCUGCUGGUGGCCCUCAGGGACGCCGGAGUGACCAUGGCCACCACCGUUAGUGGUAAUGAGGUGCUCAUGGCCCUUCAUGCUGGUUUCCUUCCUCGUCAGGUUAUCUUGAAUGGGAACGGCAAACGCAGGUGGGAGGUGGAGCUGGCUGUCCGCCAUGAAGUGCUCCUCAAUGUGGACUCUGUGUUCGACGCUCAGCUGCUGGUUGAUGUGGUACGUGAGGUGGGCGUGCGGGCGAGGGCACUGGUACGCCUCAACCCCGUCCUCGACGCCCACACUCACCCAUACCUGGCCACGGCUCUUAGGGACUCCAAGUUCGGCGUGGAAGAGCGGCAGCUUCUUCAGGUCUUAAAGGUGCUGGGAGGGAGUGGCGCCAGCGGUCAUGUGGACUUGGACGAGUGUGUGGCCGUACAUAAAUAUGUGAGCGUAGAGGGCGUGCAUGUCCAUGUCGGUUCCGCCAUCACCCAGAUUCAGGUCUAUGUUAAGAUGAUGCAAGCCGCCUCCCUCGUCCUUAAGCAGAUCCAGGAGUAUGGCUGGAAGGCAGCGACCAUCAUCAACCUAGGAGGGGGCCUUAAUGUUUUCUACGAUCUACCAACCUCACCUGCUUCUACGAUGCCCCCGCCAGCAACCAUGGAAAGACAGUCCAAAUCGAAAGAAACUGCUGCCAAUUCUGCAGUAUCCAGCCCAGUGACGGCAGACACCUCGUCUUCGGGGUACACACCUCAGGAGCUGAUAGAAAAAGUGCUGCCAUAUUUACCUGAGGGGGCGACCCUAGUGCUGGAACCUGGUCGUUCCCUCGUCGCCUCUGCCGGUGUGGUAAUGACAGAGGUGCUAGGGGUCAAAACUAACGGUGGAAAAGAAUAUGUGGUGGUUGACGCUGCCAUGACGGAAGUGAUCCGGCCCGCCCUCUACCACGCCCACCACCCCAUUACCUACGUCACUCCGCCCGCCCAUCAGCCAUUGGUGGAGGUGGACGUGGUGGGUCCCGUGUGCGAGAGUAGCGACUUCCUGGCCCGUCGGUGCCUUCUUCAGCGUCCUCCUGCCGGCCCUGGAGUGGCCCUCGUUGUCUGGCGCACCGGUGCCUACUGCUCCUCCAUGGCUUCUAACUACAACCUCCGCCCGCACGCCCUCGAAGUUAUGGUCCACGGCCCCGAGAGUUACAAGGUUCUCAGGCGUCCGCAGGAAUUCCAGGAUCUCCUCAGAGAGAUAGCCUGACUGAGGUUCGAGCCUUCAUCAAAGGAGAAAAGAGAAGAGAGAGUAAAAAAAAAAUAUCUCUUCAUUCCACGUAAAAACUCCAUCGUUGAUAUAAAUACGUUUUCUUAUAAGGAAGGCUUGCAAAGACGAUACUGCAUUUGUAUAGGAUAUUCCAUUCAGUUUAUAAAAAAUACAUUUGAGUGCUCAGUAAGCCACACGGGUAUAAUGCUUAAUGUAUAAUAAUAAUAAUAGUAAUACCAAGAAUAAUAAUACUUUACCGGCAUUGAGCUAAACUUUUUUGUUGAUUCUAUCAUAUUCAACGUAUUUCUGAAUAAUAUUUAUAAUUAACUAUAGGUCGUUUUGUGGAAUAAAAUAAUCUGAUUAUCCUUGCCUCUCAUUUUCUGUGAGACUAAUGUUAUUAAACACAUUCACUACCUAAAAACUCAAAUGUCGCUAGGGAAUCUCAUAGGUAUGGCGACCUUAGACUUGCAAAGGCCUUCGAUACAGUCAACCAUUAUAUAUUAUGUAAGAAACUACAAGCUAUCAGCAUAGGUUCUGUAGCCCGGUUUAAGUCCUACCUAAGCAAUAAGAAACAAAUUGUCAAGAUCAACAACAAAGAAUCAGAAUCUCUGCCGAUAGCAUGUGGGGUUCCCCCAAGGUAGUAUUCUGGGUCCCUUAUUCUUAUAUGUGAAUGACAUGCUAAUCAGCGUCAAGUGUAAGCUUCUGUGGUAUUUAGACGACAGUGCUCUUUUAGUGGUAGGUAAAGACCCACAAGAUAUAGCAAAUGUACUGUCAUUAGAACUAGAGUCCUGCAGUAAAUGGUUAGCAGACAACAAAUUAUCAUUACACCUCGGGAAAACGGAAGUCAUACUGGCACGAAAAAUAAACUAAAAAGGGUAAAUACUUUUAAUGUCCAGUGUAAUGGGGAACCUAUCACUUCAGUAUCUUCAGUGAAAUAUCUGGGAAUCCCCCCCUUUGACCCAAGCAUGUCAAAAGAAUUGAUAGGAAACGGUGUAGUAAAGCAAGCGAAUGCCAGACUAAAGUUCCUCUACAAACAGGCACAGUGUUUACCUACUGAGGCUAGCAGGACCGUCUAGCCCUUAUACAAUGCCAUAUAGAUUACUCUUGCUCUUCAUGGUACCUGCCUUAACAAAAAAUCACUCAGAACAAAAUGGUGAGAUUCAUCCUGGACCUGGGUCCAAGAGAGCAUGUAGGCCAGGAUGAAUUACAAUUUGAUAUGCUGAAUGUUGAAGACAGUAAAACAAGUGAAAUUUAAUCGCGUUUAUAAAAUUUCUCACAAGUAGUGUCCAGAAUAUCUUGCUGCCAAGUUUGUCAAGGCUGGAAACAUAAGCCAGUACAGUACUAGGGGAAGGGAACACAACUUUGUAGUACCCACAGUAGGUGGUCAGGCUUCAAACCUUUUUUAUUGUACAGUAAUAAAGGAGUGGAACGGACUGCCUGCACAUGUCAAGGUUUGUCAUAGCACGAGUCAGUUCAGAAAGAGAGCCAAAAAGUACCUAAUGUAUGUGGCUACAGUAAGGGAGGAGAGUGUUUCUUGUAUAGCUAAUAUACAUGUACCUAUUAUUGUGAUCUGAUCCUCUCUUUAAUGUUAAUGUAAAUAACUCACUUUACUUUAUUCCUGGUAUAUCUACUUUUAUUGUAACUGCUUUUCACAUAGCUGAGUUACUUAUCUGUUUUCUGUUUUAACUCAAGGUUUAAAUAAUAAGAUAUUACAAGGAUGCCAAUUGAAAUAAGUCACUUCGUCUGACUUUUUUUGGAGGUUAUCCUGAGUACUGUACACAUAUGCUGCUAUGUAUGAUAAUUUAUGUAACUGUAUUUAUAUGUACCUAUACCUGAAUAAACUUAAUUACACACGAGACUAGAAGAGAGCAAACCCAGCAAGUAGCAAGUUCAGAGACAGGGCCAGAAGCUGUGACUCGACCACUGCAAUAUCAAAUAAGUGAGUACACAAAUAAUAAAGCUAAUAUGAAGA